AUGUCUUUUUCCCUGAACCCAUACAUUAACAAGAAAGUCCUUAUCCUCACCGUGGACGGACGAACCCUUCUCGGCACACUUCUCUCCACCGAUCAGCUCACCAAUAUUGUGCUCUCCGACACCGUCGAGCGUAUCAUUCGCACCCCGGAAGACGACGAGCCCUCAUCGCAGAUCGAACAUGGCCUCUACCUCAUUCGUGGCGACAAUGUGGUCGUCUGCGGAGAGGUAGACGAGAAGAUCGACGGGGAUAUUGAUUGGAGUAAGGUCAAGGGCGAGGUCAUCCGGGACACGAAAAAUGCAUGA